AUGAAUCUUAAANUGGAAAAAAAAAGCAUAAUAAAUUUAAAAAGUUAAGACAAAUAAUAAUAUAUAAUAUAGCUAAUCAAUGAUUAUUUAUUCCGUUUAUUCUCAAGAUUAAAAUUGACUCAUCAAUUAUUUCAUUAAUGGGUAAGAAUAAAAUUAAAGUAAAUUAGGACAAUAAAUGUAAAACUCAAUCCUCCUAUAGAGUUUAUAAAUUCAAAAAUAACAUCAUUACAAAAUUGAAUGAAAUCGAUAGUUUUUAUAAUACAAGCAGAUUCUAAAAAACUUUAUGA